ACGUAAAUAAUACACCCCAUUAAAAAAAAUUCUUAAGUAAAUAUUAAUUUAAUUAUCGUUAAUCUUUAUUACAAUAUAGUUUUAAAAAUAUAUUAAGAAGUACUUAAGAUAAGAGAGAUAAUUUUACUAGUAAAAAAAAUAUCAGAUAAAGAAAUUGAGGUGUAGGUUAGGUGGACGGAAGUGAUGUAGUCUGAGUGAAGGGUUGGUCUUGGAAAGAAAAUGGCUAAGACGUAUGAUUAUUUGUUUAAAUUGUUAUUAAUCGGCGAUUCGGGAGUUGGAAAAACUUGUAUAUUAUUCAGAUUCUCCGAGGAUGCUUUCAAUGCCACGUUUAUAUCCACUAUAGGUAUAGAUUUCAAAAUUAGGACCAUUGAUUUAGAUGGGAAAAAGAUCAAACUUCAAAUAUGGGAUACUGCAGGUCAAGAAAGAUUUCGAACAAUUACUACUGCAUAUUACAGAGGAGCUAUGGUAAUUUAUUAUUGUGAAUUAUAUAUUGGUACCAUAAGUUAUAGUAAUCAUGCUUCUGCUGAUGUAGAGAAAAUGAUUUUGGGUAAUAAAUGUGAUAGAAAUGAAUACAGGCAGGUUUCUAAAGAGAGAGGAGAACAAUUGGCUAUCGAAUAUGGAAUAAAAUUUAUGGAAACAAGUGCAAAAUCCAGUAUUAAUGUAGAAGAAGCUUUCUAUGUCUUAGCAAGAGAUAUUAAAGCAAAAAUGGAAAAGAAAUUAGAAGCAAACAAUCCUCCAAAAAGUGGAAGUUGCCACUUGAAACCCAUCGAUCCACCAAAGAAGACACCUCGUUGGUUCUGUCGAAUUCUAUGAUAAUUUUAAAAUCUCCAUCUAUUAUUAUACAGUUACGAAAAACACUUUUGCCACUAUAUUAUGAAAAAUGUUAAAAGUGGUGGUUUGUUUUAUAAACAUACUCACAAAAGAAAAUUUAAAAUGGCAUCUCAUUUGCAGUUCUUUCUGAAGAUAUAUAUAUGAACUGUCCAUUUUACUUCUGAAAAACUGCAUAUCAGAUAAACUUCAAAGCAAAAAUAAUUUUUUAUUUCUGAUUUGAUAUAUAGUAUGACAAAAAGCAAUAAUUGAUAAGUUAGCUAUAUUAAACCAAAAUCUGUUUUGUUUGGAAGUUUGUUUUUGAAUUAUAAUAUGUAAUUGUGAAGACUUUUUUCUAUUUAAUGUUUGUUUAUAAUAGAUUUUAACAAAUCGUAUUAGAAAAGAAGAAAAAUUUUGGUAAUUUGCUGAUUUUUAUCAGCUAUUGUCCUAGAGCUGAUGUUUUAUAAAUUUUACAAGUUCCAAAAUGCAACGGCUCCUAAAAAGUAUCAGUAAGAACAAAAAAGUUUUUUAAUUAAAUCUGAAAUGUCAUUAAUCUUUGUCAUUACUAAGUAUCCUAUUAUUGCUGUGAUAGAUUAAAUAUGUAUAUAAAAACAAUGCCUACUAAGUGAAUUGUAUUAUUGUAUUAGAACAAAUUCCAUUUUGGAUUUAAAUUCAUAAAUUAAUCUUUUUAUACAAAUCUGAAAUAGAGAAAUUAUACAUUAAUAACUUUUAAUUUAUAGUCAAUAUCCUGAUCUCUAUAUUAUAUUUUUGAAAUUUAAAUUUUUAUGAAAACCAAAAAUUGUAAAUUUGAACAAGUCUUUUGCAUAAUUUUAUCCUGAAUGCAAUAAUUAAGGGAAUUGAUUUGUGACAGUAUUGUUAAAUAAUUAUUUAUGUAAAAAUUUAUUUGCACAUAACAAGUAUUAAAUAUAUAUUUAAAUAGUUUAUAUAUAUGAUAAAAUGCUAUUAAUUUUAAAUGUUUUAAAUAUAAUUUUUUCCAGUUGAAUAAAAUAUUUUAUCGGAAAUAGAAUAUCGAUGUUAAAACCUUUUAUUCCGUAUCACAUUUAUUAUAUAUUUGUAAUAUCACUCUUAAAAAUAAGCUAUAUUUCUAUUGGGCAGAUUUGAUGUUUUACUCUUUGUAAAUGCAAAAAAAUUAACAUAUCUGGAAAUCAUAAUUUUCUACAUUGAUUUGAAAUCCCAUUUUUCUAAAAUUUGGAAUGAAAUUAAUUAUAAUAGUGUAUUGAUAAGAAACAAACCAGACUUUUAUGUCUUUGGACCAUAUUUUAACCAGUUUCUAGUGGUUCUUAUACUGUUGUGCCACUGCAAGAUUACACUGUGAAGAAUAUCAUAAAAUUAAAACACAUUAAUUCUGCCUUGAUUUGUAUGUAUUUACAUCACUUCUUGCCUUGAUUGUGGAUAAACUUAAGAAACAAUUACAUUGUUUGCUGGAGUUUUGUUUAUAUCGUAAAAACUAUUGUAAUAUGUAUAAAAAUAUUUUUUAUAUUUUAAAUGAAAUUUAUUUUAAUAUUUAAUGUUUACUUAUUGUUAGAUAAUUUAAUAUCAUAUAUAUAUGUAAAUGUAUAUCUACUGUAUAUCAACAUUGAAUUUUACAAUUUUGUUUGUCAGUCAUUUGAAAUGUGAAAAUUUGCAUUACCUCUUUAAAAUCAGAAUGAGACUACGUGGAACUAAUUGUUGGUCCAAAUUAUCCGGAAGUCAAUUUGGAUGACAGUUGCGGGAGUGCCAAACCUAAGCAUCUUUGGACCACACGUUCUGUAAAAUGGUGUUUUUAUAUUGAAAAAAAAAACACAUUAAUUCUUGAUGGCAUUUGUGGUAAUUUGAGAUUAAGAAGUUUGAUAGCAAAUGGAUUAAGCAGGGUAAGAUUUUAAAGGUUCUAUUCUAUAUCAUAUUAUGCAUCUAAUUUUAGAAAGAAAUACUAAACCCUGCCACACUGGAAUUUGUAUAAUUUUUCAAAAAAAAAAAAUGAUGAUGAUGAAACAUUAGAUUGUCAUUGUAAAUAUUAACUUUUGUGAACCAUUUAAGUUUCUAAUAUUCAAAAUCAUGUCCAAAA